GUUAAUUUUGUGUCACGGUGCGCGCGCAUCGUAAAAUUUCACUCUCAUCAAUUUUUCAUAACGCGCCUAAAGAAGUAUAACUUCAAAAAUCUAUGAAAUAAAAGCUGACGCCAUUAAUGAUCACUAAUUUGAUUUAUCAAAUUGAUUAAAAUCAAUUAAAGUUAGAGGUAAAUAUUUCUCCUCGGUUCUGAGAUUUGAACCUAAUAUUAACGGCUAAUUCCAACAGGGAGAAUGGUAGCUUUUAAGUCGGUAACCCUGAACGAAAAUUGUCAAGUUGUCAAACGCGUCGGUAAUGUGUCAGUGAGCGAUUGCUGUAUGGAUAGUGCUGUUAUAAGUGUCGUAAAUGUUGUACUGCUAUGUCAUAAUGAGAAAACGCAUGCCCGACUUCAUUAUUAUAAAGUGACGAUAGUGUUUUAAAUUAAGUUUCUUUUUAAAAAACAGUGUUUUCAUUUGUAUGUCAUCGGACCUUACAAUAUGGCGGCGGCUCGGCACAAAUCACAACAGAAGAACAUUUCUUCUAUAUUUUCGAAGUUACACGGUGCUUUCUCGGAUGCCGUGUGUCCCACGAAGCUAGCGACGGACAAAAGGACACUGGACAAAACUUGGAAGUUGAUGGACAAAGUAGUAAAACUAUGUCAGCAUCACAAAAUGAAUUUAAAAAAUAGCCCGCCGUUUAUUCUUGAUAUUUUGCCCGAUACAUAUCAGAGGUUACGUAUUAUAUAUUCGAAAUACGAGGACAACAUGCAAGCGUUGAAUAGUAACGAACAUUUUAAUAUAUUUAUAAUUAAUUUGAUAAGGAAAUGCAAGCAGGCUAUUAAGUUGUUUAAAGAAGGGAAGGAGAAAAUGUUCGAAGAGAAUUCGCAUUUUAGAAGGAAUCUGACGAAGCUCAGUUUAGUUUUUAGUCACAUGUUGAGUGAACUGAAGGCUAUGUUCCCGAACGGUACCUUCGCCGGCGACCAGUUCAGGAUCACGAAGAGUGACGCCGCUGACUUCUGGAGAACGAAUUUCGGAAACAGCACCCUGGUGCCUUGGAAGAUAUUCCGCGAGGAACUGAACAACGUGCAUCCGAUAUCCUCGGGGCUGGAGACGAUGGCGUUGAAGACAACCAUAGAUCUGACAUGUAACGAUUUCAUAUCGAACUUUGAAUUUGACGUUUUCACGAGGCUCUUCCAGCCCUGGAGUACGCUGUUACGAAACUGGCAGCUACUUGCCGUGACGCAUCCGGGUUACGUCGCCUUCCUUACGUACGACGAAGUCAAAGCGAGACUGCAGAAGUACAUACACAAAGCCGGGAGCUACGUCUUCAGAUUAUCGUGCACAAGAUUAGGGCAAUGGGCCAUAGGUUACGUGACAGCCGACGGUGAGAUCCUACAGACGAUACCUCAGAACAAGAGUUUGGUGCAGGCGCUCUUAGACGGGUAUCGGGAAGGAUUCUACUUAUAUCCUGACGGUCGAGAUACGAAUCCCGAUUUGAGUAGCGCCAUCAUAUCGCCCGCCGAGGAUCACAUCACAGUAACCCAAGAGCAAUACGAGUUGUACUGCGAAAUGGGCAGCACGUUCCAGCUUUGCAAGAUAUGCGCCGAAAACGACAAGGACAUCAGAAUAGAGCCGUGCGGGCAUCUCUUGUGCACUCCCUGUCUCACUGCGUGGCAAAUUGAUUCCGAAGGGCAGGGUUGUCCGUUCUGCAGAGCCGAGAUAAAGGGAACCGAGCAGGUCGUCGUGGACGCGUUCGUGCCGCCGCGCCCGCCCAACACCACGUCCGAGGCCAAGAAUCCAAAGCCAACGGUAAAAGCGGUCUCUUCGAACUCCUCUGGAUCGUCAGGCUCCUCCGGAUGCAAUGGAUCGAGUUCGGACGGUGCCGGCUCCGGUAACGCGGCCAACGGCUGGUCGUCCAGGAGCGCGGCCACCUUCAACGGUCUCGCCGACGACAUCGACGACGGAGAGGACUGGGCCGAAUUCAACGCUGCGACGUCUACGAUAGACGCGUUACGUCCGUCUGUCCGAUCGCCCGGUGCGUCCCCGCGACACUCCCCCCGCGCGUCCCGCCGCACCCCCGCGCCCGCAGAGAACGCGUACGGGGAACUCAGGGCCCCCCCUCUGCCCCCGCGGAAGAGCCUCUCGCCCGCCGAACCGGCUAUCGCGGCCGCGUCUAGUGUACAAGACAUAGCUACUGCUAGCUCGUUGGAGCCCAAGAGGAGAUCGUCUUUAGAGCCAGAACCUGACGCCCGGCAUCGUUUGACAUCCAUCAUAACAGGGUCCACGGAAACAAUCACCGGUGUCAUUGACACAAGACACGAGACUCCACCUGACCCACGUGCCUUCGAGAAGCCACGAAGGGCUUGCACCCCUCAGUCUAACAGCCGACCUCUCCCGGCCCCGCCCCCCGAGAGACCCGCAGACGACCGGCCCCCCUUAACGGAACGCAACGCCCCCGACCGACCAGAAAAACAAGAGAAACCGGAUAAUCGGCAACCGGAAACCCGACAUCCGGACCGAAUGCUAAUACCCGAAAGGGUUCCUAACGACAGACACCAAGAGCUCCCCAGGCCUCCGGAUAGAACGGAUAAACCUGACAGAAUACAAUCGCAAGAUCGCUUAGAACGAGCGCACACUUCGCUGGAGAAGCCCGGUAAUACUGAAACCAGGUAUUACGAGAGGGAGGUUAGGGCUCCUCCCAGACAGAGGUCGUUGCCAGCCAGUACGAGUAGCAGCAUGGAUCAGCCGACAAAGUCGACCACGAUGCCGAAGUUCCCUUCGGAGGACGUGAAGGAUCCGCCAUACGAAAAUGUAGGCGUCGAGAAAAACGAAUUGGCCGUGGCACCAAAGAAAAUAAACCCUCUAACCCAUGACAAGCACGGUCGCAAGUACGGAGACAAUGUCUCGUAUGAAAACAUUAAUUUGGACUAUAUAGCGCGGCUGGUGGGCGAGGGUUAUCCCAAAGAAAUCGUGGUCCGCGCUCUGGGCAUUACGAGAAACGACCUGGAAAUGGCCUGCGACAUCCUACACGAAUUCGGAUCUAAAGCGACCAAUAAAUGCUAGGGGUUACUGGACUCAUUUGAAAACCGAUCCAACCUGUCUGGUCUGAUCGGCAUUGUCAAUGUCCGUGAGGCAUUUUUUUUAAUGGCAACACAUUUGACGCGGUUAUUCAAAAAUCUGAGUGUCUCAAAAAAAAUAAUCUAAAGUCGGUUUACUGACGAUAGUUGAACGUGACAACGUCAUAAGAAAAAACUGAUGGAAUGGUUUCAUUUUUAAAUUAUGGCAAUUAUCGUUGCUAUAAACAAUUGACACCACAUUCACUUUUCACUGAACUUCAUACUUGACGAAAACAUGUAAAUGUAUUAUUGUAUAGCAGCUGUCCACGCGGAUGCAUCGCUCACUCAAGUAGGAGAGACAGAUGUCGAGCGCUGCCGAACGCGGAGGCCGAUUGUGCCUCUUUGUCGCUCGUUGCGCGCUCUCGCUUGCACUUCAAGCCUUAAAUGGAACGCCUCAGAGCGAGGUAACGCCGCAUGAGUCAUGUUUUUUCGUGCGUGCAGCCGGCUCCAUCGAAUUAUAAGACGUUGUCACGUCAAAAAGUCUCAAUUUAAAUAUGUUCAGUGACAGUUUUAGGUGGAAACAAAGGGACUAAUUGUCAAGUAUAAAGUUUAUGGACAUUGUCAAUGUCAGGUCGGUGGUUUCUUCGUAACGCGCGUGGGUUCGAUGUUGCCGUUAUUGAAUUCGAGGAAAUUUGUGCCUAAAAUAUAUAUAUGUGUGUGUAUAUAAAAAUUGGGAUCUCCUAACUAAUCGUAUGUGAUAUGAAUAUACUUGAACGUGAAAAGAAACAUUUUGCUAUAGUAUCGAUAAAAUAUAUUUUGUUUGUGUACGCGCAUUCUAUACCAAUAGUCUAGUCAACAAGUUCAAAAACGUGAAAAAUAUAGAUAAAGGGCUCCACGAAGUUUAAAAUUUAUAGGCCAAUUAUUUAUACCUUUCAUUCCAUUGUUUAUGCCAAUGGAGAUUGGGAAAAAAAUUGUUAGUUAACAAUUGAAUAACUUUUUGAAAAAUGAUGAUUAAACUUUUUUUUCUUCAGGGCUCGAUUCUUUCAAGUGUUAAGAAGAUACUAAAAUUUUUUCAAAUUUUUAAAAUCACAUUUUAUGUUAAAAAAAAAUUUUUUUAUUGCUGAACUUUCUUUAGCGGCGGCGCGCGCAUGCUGUAACAGCCGCGCGGAGCCCUAUUUUCAACGUCUAAUUAAAAUUAUAAAUAAUGGAGAUAGAGUUCCGGGAGUUAGGACUUUUUUAUUGGAAAUUUCCUCCUCUUUAACGAGCUUUUUUCAAAAUUGCUUAAAUGUUAAUAUUAUUCAAGUUAUUAACAAAAAAAUGAAAUAUCAUUUUUUUUUUCAUCUUAUUUGGUUAAUAACAAUUGCAAUUUUUAACCUGCACCAAAAUCCUUCAAAAACAUUUUUCUAGAGGUGAUUCCGAAUCGAACGAGCCAUCGCUCAUAUUUUUAGGACCUUUAUCUCUAUUUUUCACGUUUUUGAACUUGUUGACUAGACUACAAUAUUAUCGUUAAACUUUAAUAUUAUUUAUUAUUUGUGUAAAGAUUUUAGUAUUUCUAAUGAAACUUAUCGGUCUUUUUUUUCUUAACUAUGCUGAUAGCCUUGAGAGACUAUUUCAACUUCUCCUUGACGUGUAGGUGAGCUCACGGGGCUCAAACCGGAGUGUUGCUAACACUGGCCCUAGCAAGGGCAGUGCUUCGCAGAAUCUACCACCGGAUCGGAAACGCGACCCACUGAGAAGAUCCGGCGAGAAACUCAGUGGACUGUGUCUAUGGGUUAGUUCGCUCGUCGAGCCCUUCAUCGCAAGCGACGGGUUCGACGAGGACGGUGACCGGUGCUUGAGGUACCUAAAAGCACCGCCGUAAUGACGUGCUACUUGCCUAUUAAAGAUAUUAGUUUUGCCGUUCACUGCAAUUGUUGAAAUGACAUAUCUCACUUUUAGAAUCGAAGUGGCUUCUUAACUAAAAAAAAAAAAACUCGCUCUAUCUCUUUCUAUUCCAUGGUAGCGUAAAACGUGUAACGCAACCUUGUUGGAAGACGCAUUAGAAGUUUCACUUCAAAAAAAAACCAAAUAUAUAUUUUUCAAAAUUUCGACUUACUCCACUUUCAAUAGAAUAUUGCGCACACAAACAAAAAACAAUUCAUGUUUCGUUUUCAUUACUACUAAAUAAAUAUAAUAAUAUUACUGUCGAAUUCUUCAUCCGAAUUUUGAUUCGAUAUUUUAAUCGGAAACUGUCAUAGCGCCAGUUCAUUAUGUAGUUGGUAUUCAAUGAAUAUUGGCAAUUUUUUUUUACUUUUUCUAAGACCGGUGAACGAGAUCACGGCUCAACUGGUGUUAAGUGGUUAUAUCGACAACGUAAAUUCCGAAAACUGCCUUGCGACACGAGUCCCGUUGUCUAUACUAAUAUUAUAAAGAGGAAAGAUUAGUUUGUUUGUUUGUAUUGAAUAGGCUCCGAAACUACUGAACCGAUUUGAAAAGUUCUUUCACUGUUUCGAAGCUACACUAUUACCGAGUGACAUAGGCUAUAAUAUUUUUUGAAAAAAUUAGGGAACCUUACUAAAACUAUAGUAAUGUAACUCAAGGUGUAGAAAAAAAAUACCUAAAAUAUUCUUUACAUCGCGUGGCCUGCGAAAACUAUUAUAGUUAUGCCGCGAUAAGUGUUAUUUUAUUUAAAAAAAAUUAAACAACGUCAAACAUCGUUGAAAUUUUUGUUAAAGACGCCAGCGGGUCGGAACGGGCCGCUUGUUAAAAAUAAAUAAAAUACCUCUAUCGAAGUUUUAAUUAAUUUAAACUUCAAAUGUAUUAUGGAGAGAUGAAAGGGUAUUUGGUUUAAGCGACAUUUCGCUUAAUACGCGACAUUUAUCUAUGUAAUUAAAGUUCCGUUUUAUUUAGUACUAGCUGACCCGGUAGACUUCGUAGUGCCUCAAUCGAUAAAUAAAAGACCUAAACUUUUGGGGGACACAUUAAAGGAAAAACUAAAUUGUUAUUUUUAUUUAGUUACGAGAAUUUUCAUAUUUAUCUACCUUUUAUACCUUCCCUGGACUUCCACAAAUAAUUCAAGACCAAAAUUAGACAAAUCGGUCCAGCCGUUCUCGAGUUUUAGCGAGACUAACGAACAGCGAUUCAUUUUUAUAUAUAUAGAUAGAUAGAUAGAUUAGGAUCAACAGUUCGAUGUUUUUUAAUUGAAAUUCAAUUAAGUUCGAUGUAUUGAAAUAGCUGUAGAAGUUUUUUUUUGUUUGUGUUUUGAUAUGUUUUUCCAAAUUUCAAACUUUAAAUGGCUCUCUUGUAAAGUUGCAAAAAUGUCGCUUUUUUUUCUUACCUAUGCUGAUAGCCUUGAGCGGCUAUUUCAGCUGCUCCUUGACAUGUAGGUGAGCUCACGGGGCUCAAACCGGCGAGAAACUCGUCGGCUGUGUCUAUGGUCGCUUAACCCAAUUGCCUUUCACCCCUCGAUAUGAUCAUCACCCUAUUGCUUUGUGAUAUUCGGUACAUGAAUGCCUUUGACAAAACUUGAAGGAAAAAAACAAUUUGUGGAAAGAACACUGUGUGAUAUUCAAAGAAAACAUUGACAGUAUAGUUUGUAUGCUUUGGUUCGAUUGAAUAAUUUCAAAUAUAAAUAAUUCGAGGUGGGUGGCGCAUUUACAGUUGUAGAUGUCUAUGGGUUCCAAUAACCACUUAACAUCAGGUGGGCUGUGAGCUCCAUCCAUCUAAGCAAUAAAAAAAAAUAAAAAAAAUCGCAAGCAUCUUCGUUUCGCUCGUAUGCAUACAAUGUUAGAUUCAAAUUGUUUGAGUCAUCAAAUUCUACUAAAGAACAAAAAAAAAAACUAUGAUGAAAGUUGUUUUAAAAUUAACAAGGUUUUUUUUUAAAAUAUAAAUAGUGUCCGUAAUAUUGUAUUAUUCUUUUUUAAUUUUUUUUUGCUUUGAUGGGUGGACGAGCUCACAGCCCACCUGGUGUUAAGUGGUUACUGGAGCCCAUAGACAUCUACAACGUAAAUGCGCCACCUACCUUGAGAUAUAAGUUCUAAGGUCUCAAGUAUUGUUACAACGGCUGCCCCGCCCUUCAAGCCGAAACGCAUUACUGCUUCACGGCAGAAAUAGGCGGGGCGGUGGUACCUACCCGUGCGGACUCACAAGAGGUCCCACCACCAGUAGACUUCUCUCUUCAUUCUUUAUAAAGUGUGAUAGUAUUCUAGAUUUUAAUUGUAAUAAUAAAAAAGGCACAUUUCGUACGUUUUUUUUUUUUUUUUUUUUUUUCAUUUUAUGUUCAUAAUUUAUUUUUAACACUUAAGUUUUUAUUCCAUGCCGUUUUUUGUUUCAGUCGUAUCAGUAUUCUUAAUAAAGUGCUUUGUAAAUAUUUUUUUAAUAAUGUUAACGAUAUAAAAAUAUUUAUAUUUUCUUAAAUAAAUAGCUUACUUUUUAACUAAUUAAAGAUAGAAUAUAUUUUUUCUAUAUUAUUAUGUACGGUAUGUUUUCGGAAUUUUCAUUGAAAUUUGAGGUCGUAUGGCUACUGGUUGCUGACUAACACUGGUAGUAAAGAUUUUCCAUUAAAUUAUGCUUAUUGAGGUUAGUAAAUGAAUAGUCUCACCACAAGAAAUGUCUUGAGAAAUAUUUUUGUUUUUGUCUUUGACUUUUGAUGACUAAGCUAAAGAAAGUUAUGUCAUACAGCCUCAAAUGUCAAAUGUGCCUUUUGUAAAUUUCGAAAACACACCUUAACUACGUUUAUCUAGUAAACAAACACUCAACAUUGACUUAUGACUUUUGCAAUAUUAAUAUUUAAUGUAGAAUUAAUAGUGUAAAUAAAAAUAAUAUACUUCUAACCUAUUAUUAUGACUUCCCUUAGAAAAUUUAUCGGCGAAAAAUAAUUUUAGUAAUGCCUUUUAGUGUAGCACAUACUUUAACUUUAUUUGUAAUGUUGCCACUCGAAAAAAAUAAUAAUUCUAGGCACGUUUUUGUAAUAUACAUAUAAAAUUAUAUUAUAACGUAAAGUUGUUCAAUCGUUUGCUUUUUAAAAUACGAUUUACAGAAGCGUUUACUUUUAUUUCGUUUUAAAAUAAAUUAGUGCAUAUUUAAUGAUUCUCAUUUGUAAUUAAUAUUUGGAGGGAGCAGCGAGGAAGAGGUUAGAAAUUGAAAUAAGAACUUGAAAAAUAUUUCGAAAGUAAAUAAAUAAUUCAUGAAAUUCG